AUGUGGUGUGAGGAGCAUUGCUACUACCUCUCUGCCGAGGCUCGGGCCUGGGAGGCCAGCCAGGCCUUCUGCUUGGCUCACCACGCCACCCUCCCCCUGCUGGACCACACCAAGGACAUCCUGAGCAGAUACCGGCUCACCAAGCACUCCUGGCUGGGGGCCCGGCGAGGCCCCCAGGGCUGGCACUGGAUCGACGGGGCCCCACUACCACCCCAGCUACUCCCGGAGGAAGAUGAGGACCAGCCGGGUCUCAAGUGCGGGGGCCUGGAGGAAGGCAAGCUUGUGGCUUGGGACUGUGCCUCUCCAAGACCCUGGGUCUGCGCCAGGGGGACCAAGUGAUUCAGGUUCUGCCCAUCUGGGGACU